CUAUACGAUAAGAGAGAGUUGAGGGCACGGAUGGAGUAUGCUGGGAAACCCACAGCCAACGCCGGGGCCUGUUAUGCUAAGCAAGAUCCCGAGCGUGGUGGCAGUCACAUGAUCUCCACAGAUGACCUGGAGUAUCCGCGAGAGUACCGGACGUUGGGGAACAGCGCUCGCCGCUUCUCCAAUGUCGGCCUGGUGCACACGUCGGAGCACCGGCACACGGUCACGGCGGCCCAGAGCCUGGAGGCCCUCACCAACCUGCACAAGGUGGACAUGGAGCGCAAGAGGGACGCCUUCAUGGACCACCUGAAGAGCAAGUACCAGCAGCAGCAGCAACUGCAGCAUCCGCAUCACAGCCCACACCACACCCCACCCUCUCCCUCACCCUCCCACGCCAGCAUGAGGGGGACGUCAGAGCGGGCUGCACGAGAACAGCAACAGCAACAGCAACAGCCCAACUACUGGAGCUUUAAGAGCCGCAGCCCAAGGCAUUCCCAGUCUACCCAGUCUGGGCUUGCCGACCAGGCCGCCAAGCUCUCCUUCGCCUCAGCUGAGUCCCUGGAGACCAUGUCAGAAGCUGACAUCCCCGUCGGGUUUAACAGGAUGAACCGUUUCCGCCAGAGCCUGCCGCUGUCCCGCUCUGCCAGUCAGAAUAAGCUACGAUCUCCAGAUGAAUUUGCAGGCGUGCUGUUCCUACAGUACGGGGAUGAGACGCGUCGGGUUCACAUCACCCACGAGCUGAGCAGCCUGGACACGCUGCACGCCCUCAUCGUGCACAUGUUCCCUCAGAAGUUGACGGCAGGAAUGCUGAAGUCGUCCAACACGGCCAUCUUGAUCAAGGACGAGGCACGCAACGUCUUCUACGAGCUGGAGGACGUCCGAGACAUCCAGGACCGCAGCAUCAUCAAGAUUUACCGCAAAGAGCCCAUCUACGCUUCCUACCCGGCUGCACCUCACCUGGCUAACGGAGACCUGAGGAGGGAUAUGGUGUACUCCUCUCGCGACUCCUCCCCAACUCGCCGCCUCAACACCCUUCCAUCCUCUACGUCCUCCAGCUCUCCGUCCCGCUCACGGCUCUCUUACAGCGGUAGCCGUCCUCCAUCCUUCACGGGAUCCCAGCAUGAACAGCCCCGACACCCCCACCAUGCCCCGGCCGGUCACGGUCCAAACGCAGGUCUGUCUCCAUCGCCCAGCGCCAUCCUGGAGCGCCGCGAUGUCAAGCCUGAUGAGGAAGUCUCUGCAAAGAAUAUGGCUCUGAUGAAGAACGAGAGCCUGUAUGCAGAUCCCUACAGCCUGAUGCACGAGGGCCGCCUCAGCAUCGCCUCCACCCAGUCCCUCGCUGCCAUCGGAGACCCCUUUAGCUUCCCUGUAACCAGUGGCCUGUACCGCCGUGGCUCUGUGCGCUCCCUAAGCACCUACUCAGCUGCUGCCGACCUGGAGGACUCCCUCUACAAGCCUGGAGGCUCACUCUACUCCGACACCUACUCCUCAGCCACACUGGGCAUGGGAUUUCGAAUGCCGCCAUCAUCCCCGCAGAAAAUCCCCGACAUGCAGAUGAGGGACAGGGACUCGUAUUCCAACCCGCCCAGCAGAGCCUCACCUGUCAGGCAGAGCUUCCGCAAGGACUCUGCCUCUUCCUCUGUGUUUAUAGAGAGCCCCAAGUCCAGGCCCAGCUCUGGUUCAGAGCCUCUGUGUCUGACAGCCGGGCCCGGGGAGGGCGGCAGGGCCACGCCUGGAUUUGGUUCCCUGUCUGGACAGGACCUUGAAACCAGCAGGGAUCAGCGUCUGGAGCGCAUGGAGGCGAUGGAGAAGCAGAUAGCCAGCCUCACUGGCCUGGUCCAGAGCGUGCUGACCAGAGCACCAGACAGUGACAGCACAUGCGGCCUGCUGCGUCUCUGCAUGAUGGCGGGCUGCCCUCCAGACCAAGGGACGGAGUUCUCACGGCCCUUACCUUUUUCUUCCAGCGAGAAGACCGACACCAACAGCGACGGCUCCGCCACCGAACCUGGACGGCUAAAGAAGAAAGCUCAUACACCGUCGGCCCCUCUAGCUCUGAUGCCGCCACCACCUUCUCUCUUAACCCCGGUUAACGGCGCCGGCCGCUUGAAAAUGAAGCUCCACCUGAACGGCCUGCAGCAAAAUGCCACCGACCUGCGCAAACAGCUCAGCCAGCUACGCAAGAUGCAGAUGGAGAACCAGGAUUCAGUGCGAGUUCUGUUGAAGCGGGCCGAAGCGGAGCUGAAGGUGCGCGUGGCGGACGCCCUGAGGAAGCAGGAGGACCCUCUGCAGAGACAGCGCCUCCUGGUCGAGGAGGAGAGACUCAAGUACCUCAACGAGGAGGAGCUCAUCAUCCAGCAGCUCCAUGACCUGGAGAAGUCAGUGGAGGAGAUCCAGAAGGAGUCGUCUGUCAACCACAAGCUGGUGACAGUGCAGGAGCUGGAGGAGAAGGCCACUCAUCUCAGAAAGCUGGGAGAAACACUCACAGAACUGAAAAAUCAGUUCCCGGGGCUGCAGAGUAAGAUGCGGGUGGUGCUCAGAGUGGAGGUGGAGGCCGUUAAAUUCUUGAAAGAAGAGCCGCACAGACUCGAUGCUCUGUUAAAACGCUGCAAGAGUAUAACUGAUACCCUCGCCACCAUGCGCAAACAAGCAAAUGAGGGUGUGUGGAAGAAGCAGGAGGACUUCUCUAGUCCUUCAUCAAAGCACAAAGACGACAUGCGAAAGUUUUCAGACUUUGACAUCCACACCAGCCAACCACUUACCAUGAAUGACCUUGGGGGAAGCAACAGCCUGUCAAACUGGAGCCCCCACUCCAGCCUCAGCCGGGGCCACGCCAACAUGUCUGGCCCUCACAAGGACAAUCAUCCUCCUGUUCCUCACAAAGGCAAAGCCCUGGAGGAAAUGGAACGCCGUGCUUUAGCUGACAAAGCUUUGUCCGUGGAGGUCCGGCUGGCAGCAGAGCGAGACUGGGAGGAGAAGCGGGCCACUCUGACCCAGUACAGCGCGCAGGACAUUAACCGGUUGCUGGAGGAGACACAGGCCGAGUUAAUGAAAUCUAUUCCAGACCUGGACUUUGCUGCCAAGCAGAUCAAGUCCUCCUCCAACACACCCACCUCCCAGAACCCCCACAGCGGGGCAGGAACCCUAGAGCACCGCGUCGGCAAGCCCCAGCACAAACUCUCUGGGGGAAGUUCCAGGCGUGGCUCUGAUGAGCUGACUGUUCCACGAUAUCGCACAGAGAAACCCUCCAAGUCCCCCCCUCCUCCACCACCCAGACGUAGUUUCCCGUCUUCUCCGUGCAUAACCAGCCGCAGCGGAGAGCAGCUUAUUCCUGGGAAAAGUAUAAAGAAGUCUGAAUCUGAAGAGACUGAAGGCCAGAAGCCUCAUGUAAAACUGAGGAGGGCGGUGUCCGAAAACCCUCGUCCUGCAUCCACCCCCCCAACACUCACCUCUGGGGACAAGGAGGACGUAGAGGAGGAGAAAACUGCUGCCGAGUUGGAGCUGUUUGAGAGAGUCCCAGUCAGGCUCUCUCUUCCCCUUCCCCAUUCCCUUCCUGUUAGUCCUCUCAGCAGGAAAAGUGUCCCCCCCUGCAGACCGGACCUGUGGCCCUCUGAGGCCCCAGGCACUGAGGGAAGGUGCUUGUAUCCUGUCCCCCACAUCAUGUUGACAGAGUGUUUCCUGCCUUCACACGCUGCCUCAGAGGAUCCUGUCAGAGAUUCAGCCAAUGACCCCCUAGAGGAAAGUCCAUCACGAGACUGGACUGGUCACAACACAGUCCACCAGACUACAUUUUCAAAAGAAAGGGAUUCAUUUGGAAGCCCUCCUCAGCGAGAGCAGCUAUGUUUUAAGGAGGACUUAAGACAGGAAGUGGCCCUGUUGUUGACAGAGCUGGAGGUGAGGGUGGUGUCUCCUGUUGAGGCCGAGGAGCUCAGCAGGAUACUCGCAGAAUCUCUGCAGACCCUCAUCAUUUCAACACAGACCAGUGAAGUUCCUGAGGUCCAGCUGAGGGCUCGGCCUCUCCUAGUGCUUCUCAGAGAGGUGAAAACAGUAAAGGAUGCCUACAUGCUGCUGCGUAACCUUUUGGAGUCUUCCAAGCCGGUGCCCAAACCAAGAAUUAAAGCCUUCCCCAGCUCGGUUCAGCAGUGCUGUCUGGUAGAGGCUCUGAGGAGCGGGAUACAGACGGGGGAUAGAGUACUGAGACUUCAGCGCAACACUGAACUUAACAUUCCUGAGGUAAAACUGAAAUCUGUAAACAUCACUCUUCAGUCAAGUGGAUCGGCUAGCUCUGUGGAUAGUGUAUCGAACCAGAACCAGAGGAAAGCAGGAGAAGAUGUCCGCUUCAGCACAUACAGGAGGCUGGACAGCUUGGAGGAGACUAUUCGUGAGCUGGAGAACACUUUGAUAGAGAUCAGCGGCCAUCCAAUGGCAGAGCAGCUCUACACAGAGACGACCUCACAGACCAAGAAGCCCCCGGUCCCCCCCAAGCCGCCCUCUUUCAGCCCAGCAUCGAUCCAGGGAGGGAAUAAGGUCGUCCAAUCCUCCGCUGCCUCCAAACUGAAGCACCUGCAGCAGAACAGUACAGACAAGACUAAAAGUGUCAGAAGAGAGGACUUUGUGAAGGGCCAGCAGCAGCAGGCCGUGGGGACCAACAGCACCAGUGGCAGUAUUGAGCCGUACCUCUCUGGUAUCAAAACGGGAGUUCUGCCAGGCCGAGCGCCCUCUCCUGCAGCAGUGUUCACCCCUGGCCUGAGGAAGCCCCCCCAGGAGGGGCUGCCCUCCCUGAAAGGCUCCACCAGCCAAGCCAGGGCUCUUCUGGCCAGCCUGUCCGCCUCCGGCCUGAGCGCCGAGGCCCUGCUCCUCUCCUCCACCCUCCGCCAUCGCCGCCUCCUACGUGAGCAGCGAGCCUCCUCCUUGCCCCUGCCCAGCAGCAAGUCCUCCCCUUCUACUCCCAUCGCUACAUCCCCCUCCUCUUCUGCUUCACCCACCACCCCGACACCCUCCCUGUCUCCCUCUUCUCCCAACCCUUCCCUUACCCUUUCUUCUUCCGUUUCCCAGCCCAGCGUCAACAGCUGCAAGGAGGCGGGCAGUGGGCAAGUGAAGCAGGACCUCGCCCCGGGGUCCUGAAGAGAAGGAGGAUGGAUGGAAGCUCCAUCAUAUUAUGAACCAUAAAGAGAACACAUCUGCAUUAUGGGAAAUUGGAGCAUCUUUGAGUGUCAUAUUUCAGGACUUUUUAGAUUGUCCUCUCUGUUUUUUUGGCCUCACUCCAGUAUGCACUCUUCAUAUCUCCAUGGCAAGACCUACCAUACCGUACAUGGAGUCACUAUCUUCUGUUUGGACAUGUCUCCUACUCUAAUCUGGUUCCAUAGUUCCUCUGCAGUUCUCCCACACUCAUGCUGCCAGUUUGCCAGAAAGAGAGCCCACAAACGGGCCUGCUGUAAGCUGAUGUGGUCUGGAUGGAUUUACUGACAGUAGCAGUCUCAUAAAACCCCUCACUCAACGGGGUUGUUAGUGGAGUAGACAUUAUUUAUAGACUUUUAUCAUAGAAAAUAGAGCUGCAAUAAUCACCAAGUGAGUCCAGUAGUCGUGUUUGUUCAGGUUCAUAUUGUGUCACCUGGCAGAAUGUGCUCAAGGUGAUGAUUGUGGUUUUGUGUUAAAAGGGCACUCGUGGCUUUUCAUGCAUCACCUGUGUUUUAAACUGAAACUGGUGCUAUAUGUUCCCCUCUGUUUGUACACUGUGUAAAGUGUACAUUCCACUGUGACUAUGAUUUCAUGUCACACUGUUUCAAUAUUUAUAUGAACCCUUACAGGAGGAAAUCCUUGCAUCGGAAAAUUAGGAACAACUAUAGGACAUCUUCAACUUAAAAAUGUCCAAAUCACAUUGAAAGGAGCGGUUUUAUGACAGCACACCUUUACUGAAAAUAGAAUAGAGGCACAGUUACACAAAAAGGAAGGAAUUGUAAAGAGAUUGCAUUUCUGUAUAUCUGUAUUGACAAGUUAAUAAUGACAAUCAGGAUGUUCCGCUGUCACGUCCUACAGGUUGCUAAGGCAUUUCAGCACCUGACAUCACAAACCUUCCCAAAGACUCAAGCACACACUGAUGAAUAACUCUGUCACUCCUUCUGCACUUGUAAAACGAACCUGUGUGCAGAAACCUUUGUUGUUGUUGUUGUUGUUGUUGUUGUUGUUGUUGUUUUAGGGCAUUUUGAUAAGGGAUGAAUCAUUUUUUCUCAAGUCACAUCUGUUGCACCGCUUGAAAAGAGCCACAUCGACAAGAAGACGAUUUCACCCUUUAAGGAAUCUAAAGAGCAGACAUAUAAAGUGCUUUAUUUUAGGACACUUAUCUUCUUUGAACUUCAAAGUUACUCUGAUGGGAAGCAGCUUACAACGAUGCAUAAUACCUUCUUUGAACAGGAACAAAAUGUUUCUUGCACUGCAGUGAAUUGAUCGCACUUCAACACUUGGCACAGUUUCAAGCAGUGUUUGAAAGCUAAAGAAAGAAAAUCAGCACACAUUUAGACACUUGACACAGCUUGACCCUUGAAGGGCCUGAGAUUUAGAUAUAUAGGAAUAUAAAGAAAGCACAUUGUCCUCUGAAACACUUGACACCUUUUUCUCACAUUUUGAUCUUGUGAAUCUGCUUAAAGAAUGAUGAGCACAAAGCUACAAAUGUUCCUUAAAGGAAAGAAAAUCCCCGUUUCUUUUAAAUGACUGUACGUUAGAUGAACCUUCAUUUGGUUCUAUUACCUGCAUGUUAAAACAUGUAUGAAUGUUAGGUCUUUAGUGUGCAUCAAUGACAGUAGAUGAAGUUAUCUCUAUUUAUAGCACAUGAAAGGCCCUUCAGUGAUUCCCUGAGUGUGAAGCCUGCACACUCUGAAGUCCCUGGCCUGUGUUAUUGCCUUAAGGCUGCCCACUGGGGAUGUGAUGAGGUUGAACGGACAAAGUGUUGUUUUGUGUUUUUUGUUUCCAGUGGUUCACAAGAAAGACUGUGUGAAAUCGAUUCUUUGUGGCAUGAGAUUAAAAUGUCCGAAAGUGGAUUGUGUCACAUGGCAUGCAGCUUGAGAAGAGGGGAUUAGAUUGGGAACUUGUGUUUGAAGGCUUCUUUAAAAGAGACGGCUUCUUGUCUCCAUGGAGAGUGUUUGUGAUGUGAAAGAGCCAAAGAGAUGAGAGGAAGGGUGUGACAGCGGCUGUUCUUCCCCCUCUCACUUAGCUUUGUCUGUGAUGUGGGGCGUCUGUGAAAGAAAUGACACUUGUUGAGGUUAUUUUAGGACAAAGUCUGAUGGGCCUCAGUAAUGACAGUAACAGUGUGUGAAAUAUGUAAUUAGCACUCUUCCCGUGCUCUUUCCUGAAACUCCUGCCUGUUUGUCUGUAAGGACCUGAUAUCUUUUUCCCAGUGCCUCGAAGACUUUCCACAAAUCCCCUGUUGAUCUUGUAUAACAGUAUUAGAUCAGCAGCAAAGACAGAAGAACACUUUUACCCAAAGAAGAGGCUGCGAGAAUUGUCUUGCUUCCACUUUUGCAGAAAAACAACACUUGAAAAGCAGAGUGUGUCAGGUUGCAGUGUUGACUAAACACUCCCUGAGCUCUAACAAUGUGCACAGCCAAGGCGUAUUUAGCCUCACCGGUCGCUCUGUAGCUCCAUAAGGCAGGUUCAAGCACCGGGGAGUGAAGUCAAAUGAAAGUAAUUCACUUACUCUUGCUGUUCCAUACCCAAAUCCAUAACUCUCCCAUCAGUUAAAUCUGCUGCAUUUGCGUCUGGUGAGCGUUGGGGAGGGAGUGUUCACGCUCGGCUGCUUUCCUCAAGUUAAGUUUGAGAUGAAACCUCCCAGAAUUGCGUGACAGUGCUCUCUGAAAUGUUUUUUUUUGUUUUUUUUAUAAGUGUUAGUGGGCUGUGAUUUCAACAUGUCCGGAGGCUUGGAGGGCACGUCGCAGAAACUCAUGCAAACUUGAAAUCAAACCUAGAAGAAGUAUACAUAUAUAAAUAUAUCUAAGUGAGAUGUUUGUGUAUGAUAUUAUAAUUGUGAAGAAAAGUGUGAUAUAUAUAUAGGCCUAGAUUAAAUGAUAUACUGUAAAAUGUCAUCACCUCUUCAGUUUUAUAUAUUAGUGACCAUUUUGUACAGAUUUUUCCUUUUUUAAUUCAUUGAGAGAGAUAUUACAUUUCACACUGAGAUUAUUUAUUCAUACGCAGAACAUUUUUAUAUUUCUUUAACGAUAUCUGUAUAGAUAACAGUUAGCCUCUGUAAUAUACGCUGAAGUUCAUUUUUUGAUUAUAGGGUUUUAUUUACAAACACUGAGUUGGAUUUUUGGAGUUCAUUUAGAUUUUUGAAAAGCUUGUCCCUGAAAAUGCUUGUCCAGCUCUUCUGCACCUUUGCCUCCUUAUGUGAAGGGUCACUAUUGAGGUGUGAGAGGCUGGACCAGUGCCUGUGCUUAGGGGCUUAUUUUGCUACUAUUUGCGUGUUUUAAGGGGGUUGUUUUCUGUACCUGUGGUCUGUUUUCUUUCACCCCAUCCUGUAUUUGUGAUUCAGCUGGUAUUAGUUGGAGUUGGUCAGAAGUUGUGGUAACUACUGUGAAAGGUCAGUUUAUGGGCCAAGACGUUUGAGAUGUGAGUCACAUGGCUUUAAUUUGUAGCUGUGUCAUGUUUGCAUGUGAACAGGAGUGGUAGCAAUGUGGAUGCUCAGUGCAAAAGCUUUUUAGAGACAACAACAGGUGGAAUAAACAUUUGGAAGUACAUUUUGUUAAUUAUUAAGUCCAAGUUGUUGCACUGAGGGGCUUUAAGUAGCAUUUAAGCUAAACCACCGGAGUUGUUAAAACCACCCAAGAUGGAUCAAUAAGGGCACUUUGUGAUUUAAAAGUGGAAUCUCUUCCUUUGCCAUUGUAUCUUGUUUUUAUAACAAACCUACAUUAUAUAGUAUGUAUAUGAGAUUUUUACAUGAAUGUGUGGAUGUUCAAAAAUGUUGGCAUCGAAAGUAGAAAAACAAAAUUGACCUGUAAAUAGGCUGAGUCAUUCCUAGCGAGUUCCACAAAUUGUUAUGUCCAAAAGAAGAUGUUUUAUUAAUAAACUAUGACAAUGGGUACAAAGAUAUAUACAAAACAAUGCAUGUAUAGUCCCAAAGCAAUCGCACGGUGCAGUUGAAAAAAAAUGUUGUCUACAUGUUUUCUCAAAAAAUAUGAGAACAAGAAAGGGUUUCUAUGUUAGGAGGUUUACACACAUGAAGAAUGAGACGUUAUUUUGGUAUGUGUGUCACAGGCAUGUUCAGUCUUACUGUGAUGUGAUGUGAUGGAGAUGAAGAUAGUGGUGGAUGUCGAGAAGGAACGCACCCCAACCAGAAAAGUCACCCGUGAUGGUGUACUCUUUCCACAGAUCGGUCCUCCCAUUUGUAGAGUAGUGUGAUAUAAGAACAAAAAUAAUACAGAAUAUAGAUCUAUGAUAUAAUGAUAUAUACAUUUAAAAGCCUACUGAUACUGGAGAUACUAAUUUAUCAGUGUGGAUGCCAUGAUAUCCUGUGAGACAUGUGUGUGUUUUUCCUGUGAGAAGACAGUAGGCAGUUGAACCUGCCUUCUUUUGUACAUACUUUGCUGUGAUUGUGUGUCCAAUAAAGUGCAGCUCUCUUGUACAGUG